CAUCCAGGCACAGAAAAAGAUUUCCCAAAUGGCAGCACCUUGCUUCACCACCAUUAUUCUCUUCUUUCUACUCAUUGCAUUUUGCAAUAUCAACCAAACCCUAGCAAGACGCAAAAACCCUAAUAGCUCAUCAUCUUUGCCUCUCCUUGGUCUUACCCAUUCUAGUUCUUCCCUUCCUAUGCCCAAAGCCUCUAGAUACUCAACAAAGAGGCCACUACAAGCAUUUGAUAUGAUGGAGCCAUUAAGGGAAGUGAGAGAUGGGUAUUUGAUAUCUUUAAACAUAGGAACACCUUCACAGGUCAUUCAAGUGUUCAUGGAUACCGGAAGUGACCUAACUUGGGUUCCUUGCGGAAAUCUAUCCUUUGAUUGUAUUGAUUGUGAUGACUUUAGGAACAACAAGCUAACAAUGGCUGCUUUCUCCCCUUCUUAUUCUUCCUCUGUAAUCAGAGACUCCUGUGGUAGCCCUCUUUGCAUAAACAUCCAUAAUUCCGAUGACUAUUUUGACCCAUGCACUGAGGCAGGAUGCUCCUUGAAUACUAUUCUUAAGAGCACCUGUCCUCGGCCAUGCCCUUCUUUUGCUUACACAUAUGGUGAAGGAGGGGUUGCCACGGGGAUACUCACGAGGGAUACAAUUAGAGUACAUGGGAUCAAUAGUUCUGAAGUUAGGGACAUUCCCAAGUUUUGCUUUGGGUGUGUUGGAUCUACUUAUAGGGAGCCUAUUGGGAUUGCAGGGUUUGGGAAGGGCGCACUUUCUCUGCCUUCCCAAUUAGGAUUUCUUCAAAAGGGUUUUUCUCAUUGUUUCUUGGCCUUCAAGUAUGCAAACAACCCUAAUAUAUCAAGCCCUUUAGUCCUAGGAGAUGUUGCCAUUUCUUCCGAAGAAAAUUUACAUUUCACCCCAAUGUUGAAGAGUCCCAUGUUUCCAAGCUACUAUUAUAUUGGUCUAGAGGCUGUAACAAUAGGAAAUUCCAGUGCAACUACAGUCCCUUUGAACUUGAAGGAAUUUGAUUCAGAAGGCAAUGGAGGAAUGCUGAUUGAUUCAGGAACAACUUACACUCACCUUCCUGACCCUUUCUACUCCCAAUUCCUCUUAAUCCUUGGAUCAAUGAUAACAUAUCCUAGAGCCACAGAUGUCGAAACACGAACAGGGUUUGAUCUCUGUUACAAGGUUCCUUGUCCCAACAACACAUUUGGUAAUUAUGUUUUUCCUCCAAUCACUUUCCAUUUCCUGAACAAUGUGAGCCUUGCCCUGCCCCAAGAGACCUACUUCUAUGCCAUGAGUGCUCCAAGCAACUCAACUGGGGUGAAAUGCCUACUAUUCCAGAGCAUGGAUGAUGGUGAUUAUGGUCCAGCCGGGGUGUUUGGGAGCUUCCAGCAGCAGAAUAUGGAAGUUGUGUAUGAUAUGGAGAAAGAGAGAAUUGGGUUUCUACCCAUGGACUGUGCUUCAGCUGCAGCCUCUCAGGGACUUCGCAAGAACUAGCUACCUUUCUUAAUUGGUGUUUGUGAUAGUUAAUGAUAGUUCUUCCUGUUAGCGAGAGCAUGCGUCAGUUUUCUGGUAAGAUUUGAAUAAUAUAGGAGCUUCCAAUGAGCUUCUGUACUUUUCUGGUAAGAUUUGAAUAAUAUAGGAGCUUCCAAUUA